GAAAUCCCCCCUGGAACCCCUUAAAUAUUCCUGGAAGCCCAUAAUGCCGCCCUGGGACUAUAUGAAUCCCCACCUGGAACCCCAUGAAUUCCCCUGGAUCCCUUUAAAUCCCCUCUGGAGCCCUGAGAAUGCACUCUGGAACCCUUUAAAUCUCCCUGGAACUCCAUGAAUUCCCCCCUGGAACCCCACGAAUCUGCCUAUAACCCCUUAAAUCUCACUGUAAGUAUCCUGGGUCGGGUUGGACAGGGCUUGGAGCACCCUGGGGUGGUGGAAGGUGUCCCUGCCCAUGGCAGGGUUGGGACAAAAUGAACUUUAGGAUCUCUUAUAACCCAAACCAUUCCAUGGUUCUAUUUGAUGUUUAAGGCUCCCAGCCCCCUGAAGCAGCAAGGCCUGGAGGGUGACACAGUCCUGAGGAGGAUCCCAGUUUGGGGACACCCUGAUAACCAGUGUGUCCCCAAUAUGGGACAGCUGUGACUGUCCAGAGUGGAGUCAGGGUGCUGCAGCUUUAUCCAAAGUGUGGGAUCAGACAUCCCAGUUGGGCUGGAGCAGCAAGCUGGCAUGCAGCCUGGCCCUGCUCUGUGCAGGCACCACUGGUUUUGCUAGAACAACCCCAAAAGUGCAGCAGCUCCUGCCCUAAAUGCACGGUGAGCUCAGGAGAUUUCCCAACAAGUUUUUGUUCCCAGUGUGAAUUCCUGCGGGGGAGGAGCUGGGUGCAGCCUCCCCUGCUCAAUCCAAUCCCUGCUGCAGGGCAGGUGGGGGAGGACAGGGUCCCCUCCCUCUGAACAGCAUCCCUCAACACCCUGGGACAUCUCCCUGCUGGUGGUGGCUCUUCCCCGUUGGGAAGAAUGCCGGGAUUUUUAGGAUUUUGGCCUCUUGACCUUCGCCCACCGAGAAAUCUCUCUGUGGCAUCGCUGUUGGCCCAAAGAGUGUUGUUUUGGUGUCACACCCAUCCUGGGAACCCCAAAAAAAUGUGGCUCCACCUCAGGCUGGGGCAACAAAGGGAUCUUCUGGAUCUCUGGAACAGGCUGCCCAGGGAAAGGGUGGAAUCACCAUGCCUGGAAUUGUUCAGAAAACACAGAGAGGUGGCAGUUGUUGACAGGGUUUAGUGGAGGCCUUGGCAUGCUGGGUUAAUAUUUGGAUUUCAUUAUAUUCGGUAGCUUUUCCAAAGUUAAUGACUCGGAUUUUGGCCAUCACUUCUAUCCCCCAUCCCUAAAACGCUCACCUGCUCCUUCCACCACCUGUGGGUGAAGCUUGUGAAGGAGAAAUAGCUUCAUUUAAAGGCUAAUUAUCAUUAAUCUGUGGCCAAAGGAGGCUUAAAAGGGUGAGCCAAUUACAUGUGCUAAUGUGCUGUGGGUAAGGAGGGCCGAGGGCUGUAAUUGGAGCCGGGCUGUGGCCUGAACACCCACGGGCUGUUGGGUGGUAUUUCUGGCUGAGGCUGGUCCUGCUCCUGUCAGUCACCUCUGCUGGUGCUGGAAAAGGCAGGAAAGAGCAGCCAAACACGGAUCUGUGCAGGAGAGGAGCAGCUGUGAGCUCCUCAAACACCUCCUAGGGAGGUUCACCAAAGGGAGCACGAAAAACCCAGCAAAAUUCCACCUUUGGAGCAAGAUGGGGCAGCUGUGUGAGCUCAGCAGCUGAUGUUACACAAGAGCAAUUCCUGCUCCUCCUGUUUCAGCAGGGUGAAGGAGGAGGGGUGCUGCCUUUGCACGUCCUGGCAGUGUUGGGAUGGAUGCUGCUCUGCCAGGGAGGCACCCCUGGACCUGGUCCCUGUUGUUGGGUGGUCACACUUGUGGCUCUGGGUGCCUUGGUUGAGUUUUUGGGUGUCCUGGCAGUGCAGGAGGUUUCUGUGCCCUGGGAGGGGAGCAGAGGUUCUGCCCACCAGCUUCCCCUCAGCCUCCACCUGUCCCCAGGGACCUUCCCUCCUCAAAUCCCUGUGGUGAAAUCCUGGAUUUGUCUCUCUUUGUCAUGGGCUAAAUUGGCUUUUUGUCACAGCCCAGACACACACAGGAGCUGCUGCUGGGGGUGGGAAUUGUCCUGCUGGAGCUCACAGGACAAUCACAGCUCAGCGUGACUGUGAUUGUCUGUGCAAGUUCCUCUUCCCGUUUCAGAGCUGGGGAGAACCUUGCGCCAUUUGGGGACUCCCCAGCUGAGCAUGGCAGGGUGGGGGUGCAGGGCCUGCUGGCAGUGUGGGCACCCAUCACCCCCAGGGCUCCUGCACUGCCCUUCCCUGGCCUCUGUUCCAGAUGACCUUCUACUUCUCGGACACAGUCGUGCUGCUCUUCGACUUCUGGAGUGUCCACAGCCCCACAGGGAUGGUGCUCUCAGUGCUGGUGAUCCGUGGUUCUGGUUCCACGUGGCCCAGACUCUGUUCCACGUGCUGCAGGUGGUGCUGGGCUACAUGGUGAUGCUGGCAGUCAUGUCCUACAACGCCUGGAUCUUCCUGGGGGCCAUUGCAGGCUCCACCCUGGGCUACUUCAUGGUGUACCCUCUGCUGGGCCGGGGCUAGAGCCCCCCAGGGUGGUGGCACACGUGUCCCACCUCCUGCUCCUUUGUCUGGAAUAGCUGCUGUCACUUCUGUCUCUGUCCCCGUGCUCUGUGGGACACAGAACCCCAAGGACUUGCUGGGGCCCUGCUCUGGGGACAGGGAGCCCCAUGGCCGUGCUGCCACUCAGCUGGUGGCUGUCCCCUGGCUCUCAGGGACCUUUGUCCGGGUGGUGACAGCAGGGUGGGGGGGUGCUGGCAUUUCCUCCCCUCCCUGCUUUUCAAGGAGGUUCAUCCUGGCUGGGACAGGAAUGACCUGGUGACUUGUUGGGGACAGGGACCCUCCUGCCCAGAGCUGCACCAAGCCCCUCUUCACACAGUGCCUUUGGGGACACUGGGGGUCCUGCCACCCCCACCCCGCUCCUGUGCUUCAGGGACGGGGCUGGAGCAGCCCCUGGUGUGGCUGUGCCAGGGGGAAAUGCUGCUCCUGGUGCCUCUUGCUGCUUCCUCAGGACACCCCUUUGAAUAAAAUCAUCUCAGCUCCACUCCUGCUUUGUGUCACUGCUGGGUGGGCUCAGGAUGUGACACCCCUGGGUCUCACAGUGGGACUGGGGAUCCCCAGCCCUGCCCAGGGAGGUGUUUCAGCAAUAAGGAGAGGCUCCUCUGGCUUUAAAUAAAGCUUUUCCAUUUUA